ACUUCUUUGCUAAAGGCUCUUUAUCUUCUGGUGUUUGCUGAUAUGUAUUAAACCAAGCGUUUAUAUAGUGACUUUUUUCACUUUUGAAAACGCCGCAAACAGUUAGCUAUCAAACUGCGUGUUGUUGCGAGUACGUUAAAGACAAAUAAAGUAGCUGUUUGCUAACUGUAGCUAACGAAAAUAACUAGCUAUCGUCAUUUUGCUUAAUAUUAACGCAAACUUCAUGGCAGACAGCUGGAACACAGAUGCCGGGGAAGCUGUGUAUCGGUCCCGGGAUGCUGUGAAAAACAUGAGAAUAAGGGUGCGUAUAGAGAGGGUGACCUCCAUAGCAGCACUUUCUCAACACCACCAGCAGCAGGCUCUGUCCCAAGAAGAGAGAGGAGACAUUGAACUGGAAACCCUCACCUCACAAGGACAGACAGGUGAUAAUGAGGAGGAGCAGGUGGUGGGCUGGCAAGAAAAACUCUUCAGUCAGUAUGAGAUGGAGCUGUUCCAGAACGAGGCAGCGUGUCAGACUCCUCUGGACCGUCAGUACCACACAGAAGUGAAGGCGCUGAGCAAAGCAAAGGGCCGACGUAACCACAGGAUUUUUACAUACACUGAUCAUGACCGUUACACUGCCUGCCUUCCGUUCCACCAGCUGCAGCACUCCACUGACGUACUGACCACAACCAAAUCCAGCCCCACGUUCUUGUCUGAAAGGAUCACCAGCAUAAGACACAGACGGCAGGAGAGACGUACCAUGGAUUCUAGUAUCCCCAAAUCAAAGAUCGUCAACUGGGAGCCCACAGAGGAGUUUGUGAAGAACCGUCAUGUGGUGAAUAAUGCCAUGCAGACCAUGCACAUCAUGGGAGAUCUCGGCCCCCCUGGAAGGCUUGGCCAGAAAGAGAACGAAUAUUUGUUGGUAACCAUAAAGGCAGAUGGCAGUGGAACAGUAAUUAUAAAACCUGACUUCAACAAAGGCAAAGAGCCAUACAGGGUUGUAACAGAGGGGGAGAAGAGAGAAGUUUGGCGUCUCACCGUGGAGAACGUAAGCCCAGUCAUGCAGCCAGAGGAGAAGGAGAGGGAGCUGAACAUGUACAAAGACCUGUACGUACGGCACAAGGAGUACCUCAACAGCCUUGUUGGACAGGACUUUGAAAUGCCUCCUUUAGGUAUUCUGCGUUACGUGAUAAAUGGAGAGAUUGUUUCAGCCAAAGGCUUUGAAUAUGAUAACUUAUACAUCCACUUCUUCAUGGAAAUGCCCAACAAUUGGUCCAGUUUGCCAUUUCAGGCUCUCUCGGGGGUUACUCACACCUGCCGGGCCAAAACAUUAGGGAAGGAAAAUGUAGCUUUCUUCAGUUUUCCCUUCAGCUUUGAGGCUUUCUACAUGAGUGAAAAAGAGAGUGAAGACUCAGUUCUGCAGUGGCCAGUGAUCUACUUCAAGGUUCUGUCUCUGGACUCGUGGCAGCGCUAUCGAACUGAAGGCUACGGCUAUCUGCUUUUUCCUGCCAUUCCUGGUAAGCAUACAAUAACAUGCCAUACAUGGAGACCCCUUCAGACGGGGACGGUCUCUGCACUGAGGCGCUUCUUUAUUGGAGGAUCUCCAGAGCUUGAAGAACUCAGUUAUGUCAGAAUACCAGGGACCUUUAAGGGUGAUAGGCUGAGCCGCUUUGGCUUUUGCACUGAAACCACAGGAAGUGUCACCUUUAAUCUGCACUGCAUCCAGCAAGCCAGAGCCUUUGUUGAUGCAGCCAUGUUGAAGAAGAGGAGGCAGAAAGUUUUUGACCAGCUGGGAGGAUUUAGUCAGCAAGGAGCUGUUUGCAACAUACUAGAGGCCUUUCAGAGGGCCAGGAAAAAGAUGCAAGAGGCCCGAGAAAGUCUCCCCAGAGACCUCAUCAGCGCCACCUCCCAACCCCAGAUCAAAUCCUCUGCAUUGCUGUGAAAAACAGUGAAAGAUUGUGUCUGAUUACUAUUUAUGCUUUGUAAGCACACGCCAUUCUUUGUUACAGCUAACAUGUGGAUUUUAUGUUGCAAUGAAUAAGGAGCAAAGCCAAUAUGGUUACGACCGUAAGUAUGGCAACACCAUGCAUUGCAUUUUUUGUACAGUGAGUUUGUCUUAGAUUUAAGACAAUAAUAGUCUCAUUUCCAGAGUUAUAGACUGUGAGGCUCAUAAAGAGUGAUGUUUUAUAAAAUAAAUCAUUGUUUUAUAUUUGGAUUGUA